AUAAUGGCAGAGUAAGUCCACAUAUUUGUGUUAUAAUGAACGUAAUUGAAUUUCAAUAAAUGUAACGUAACUAUAUAUUUCUUCUAAAACGAUUAUAUAAAUAAUUAACAAAAAUGACAAAUAUAUUUAGCCAAAAAAAAAAGACGGACGAGUCAAAAAAGAAAAUAGAAAUAACGGAAGAUCCAGGUGGGGCAGGCGAGGGUAAGAACGCUAGGAAACGAAAACAAUUAGCGAAGUACGAAUUUGGUAAACGAUGGCAUCGUUUUCGCGUAUUGACGCCAACCUGUUCGAUUUUGCGCGGUUCUUUUGCGAUGAACGAUCCACAUUUCAAGUACAGAAGUCGUGGUCGUCAAGCAGCACCAUGUUCAAUCGUGGCAAUCGUUUAUGGUCGACUGUUCGAGCCUAAGGAAUGGAAUCAGGAUUACGUAGACCAAGUGAUCGAGUACGGGGACAAAUUAUUUCGCAUAAGUAUGAUGAGGAAUCGCGUUAAGGAUAAUCAAUAUAUGAAAGCUAUUUUAGUCUAUCCCGAAUUUUACAUUGGCAAUUAUAAGAUUUUAAUUUGCGUAGAGGAGACUGGCAUUUAUGGGAAUCUUUUUAGCGAAACCGUAGGAUGUUCAGAUUUUGCCGAUGGCCUUAAUCAAUUCUUCAGGACCAACGAUGCCGGCGUUAUUACAGCUCAAGGUACGUCCGUAGCCAUGUGGCGUCAUCUUGACAUUGGUUUCUUGUUUUUUGAUCCUGGAUCAUGCGGGCAGAAUGGUCUACGUAAUCAAAAUGGGGUUGCAUGUUUGAUCAGAUUCAAAUGUAUGAACGACAUGCGUGAUCACUUUCUCAAAAAUAUGAACAAACGAUACGAUUCGAGAUAUUGUAUAGAUAAAAUAACUAUUUUACGAGUAAACGAGGUAGGCCGUGGUUAUAUCGAUAAAGUUACCAGCGGAACCGAUCUGGUCGUUGACAAAAGUGUUCUUAGAUCUAUCAAUCCUGUUGACAUCGAUGAAAAUAAAAUGGAUUGUACGAGACCUGUACCUAAAAGCGAGAAAACUAAGAUAAUUGCAGCUGCUAAAUUGCACAAGGAACCAUUGACUAUAACUAUUUCGAAUUAUAGUAUCGACAAAAAGUUUGCUACCGAGCCAUUAGUCGAUCAGAGUACUUUCGACACCGGUUAUCCUUACGAUAACAUACACGUAAACAUACCUUCGACGUUUCGUGAAUUACCUAAGAAAAUUGCCAUACUUCAUGGCAUGACUCACGAAGCUAGCGACGUGUACAAAGGUAAAGGUGCUCAGAACGUAGCCAAUUGUGCGAUGGCUAUCGCUAUGAAAAAGAUUCAUCCCAUGAAAACUUGGAUGAGACCUAAAUUGGACGAGAUUUUGACAUUAGGUGACGAACUUUAUGCCGACGUAAAAGUUGAUAAACCUUUUAUUAAGACAAUUACUGCUGCUGAUCUCAAUGACACUUACAUUCAAAUCGAAAAUCACAAACUGGCUAUCGACGUUGACUUAAUUACUAUUACCGGAACGGUAAGUUCGAAACUUCCGGAUGUAUUGAACCUAAAGCAAGCACUUCGUGAAUUUUUCUUGAUCAACAAAGAAGGUAUCAUUGAAACUCCUUCGAUGGCUGUGGCUGUAUGGAGUCAAGAUGACUGUUAUUACGCCUUUGAUCCACGUCAUUGCGAUAAUUUUGGUAAUAGAAUAGUUGAAGAUAAAUCUAAGGGUGGUAAAGGUGCCAAUAGUGGACAUGUCCAAGUUGCUGGCAAAUGUUGCGUUGUGAGGUUUCCAGAAUCCGACGAUCUCGCUUUAUGGUUCACGAAUAAUCUCGAACCAAUUGGAAAGAACGAUCGUUUUACCAUAAGACACGUCACCAUUCUAAACGAUAUUCCUGGUACUAGAACUUGGAAAGAUUUCGAACCAGGUGUAGCAGGUGAAACUUGGAUUCUUCGUGGUGGAAUUUCUAACGAAGAUGAAUCCUUGGAAGAUUCUAGCAGAGGUGUUCAAGGUUUGGCUAUACCUGUGGUAGCUUUGGUCUAUGCCAAAGAGACACCACCUGAAAAAUGGACAAGAGAGAUCGUCGACGAGGUUAUUAGAGAGGGUGAUCUUUAUUACAAUUUUUGUAUUCCAUUAGAACCGGAGGAAGGAACCGAGCAACCAUUUGUGGUCACCGAUUUGAAAAAAAGUUUUUACCUUAAGAAUAGAAAAGUCAAGUUAGAGUUAGACGAUUCCAUCAUAAGUGGUGAUUUGAAUGCAACACCCGAACAAAAUAUAUUAAAUCUAAAAGAAGGAAUUACAAAAUUCUUUGAGAAUUAUCAAUAUGGUAUCGUUGAGUUAGGAAACUUGACUGUAGCGAUUUGGAAAUUUGAAGAAGAUUCGAAAUACAAGAAUCAUAAUAAAGACGUGGAGAAAAUUACGUAUUAUUAUUGUUUCGAUCCGAAUCCUCGUGGCAGAUUAGGCGGAAGACCGGCGGAAGAAGAUAGCGUUGCUUGCGUCAUUCGAACCCUCGAUCCUACGAUUUUAUCUUCAAUUAUCGCAAGCAACGCUGUCAUAUCUCGAGAUCGCGGAACCGAAUAUUGUAUUCAUAAUUUGAAAAGUUUGGCGAUAGGUUUACCCAUGACGGAAGAGGAUUUAGAAAAUGAUAGGCAAAUACCGGAGGAACCAGAUAUGCAUCAUUAUUCGAAGUUAGCCGAAGGUGGCGCAAUAUUACAAGGUAGUUUUAAUCAGGCCAACGAAAAGAUGUUUAAAAGACAAACGUGUGACAAACAACAAGCGGCCAGUUCAAUGGUAGCUUUAGCUAUGACUAAACUUUAUAAUCCCCAUUUAUGGUAUCGAGAGGUUGUCGAUGACAUACUGAAGAUUGGUGACAAAAUGGUAACGGAUAAUUUGACAAAUUUAGAAGAGAUAGAUACGGAAGCCGAGGAACCGAGAAAUUAUUUUUUGCCGAUAGAAUUCGCUGAAGAUUUUACCAUAGGUGUCAAUCGCAUGAACGUAAGUUUGGAAGAGGAAAUUAUUUAUGGCAAAGUAACCGACAUGGUCAAACUCUUAGAACAAUUUUUCGAGAAUAGCGUCAUGGGUAUAGUCAGACAGGAGAAUGUUAUGAUGCCGAUCUGGAGAGAGGGCGACGUUUAUUUCAUGAUGGAUCCCAGAGGUAGAGAUUCUCGUGGCGAAUCUUCGGAAAGAGACCCAGCUGCUGUUAUGUGGUUCACGGAUCUUGCAUCUUUGUCUACCAAACUCGAGACAGGUUUAAACGCUGAAAAAGAUUUCGUAAUUGAUAAUUUGACAUUGGAUAAUGCAUUCGAGACACGUGUUACUGAAAUGGAACGUGUUAGGGGCACCACUUCUGGGGACGAUCUUUGGCAUCAUUUUCCUAAAUUUGCCGAUAACGUUUGGAGUAUCGGGGGAAACGUCACGAUGAUCGACACGAGAUUCGACAAAUCUAAUCACAACAAUCAGACUGCAGCUAUCGCAGCAAUGGCUAUAGUUUUCUCAAAAGUGUACGAGCCACGAAAUUGGACAGGUGCUGUUGUCGAUGAGGUGAUCGUAACCGGUGAUAAACUGCACUCAAAGUGUGUCGAGAGACUUGGACGAGAAACGGCACCACGUAUCAACGAAAUCAUCACGGAAUUCUUUCUCUCAUCUCGUCGAAUAGAUCUGACGAUUAAAGAUUGUAUCGAAGCUGGGGAUCUCAGUGGGAAACCACCGAAAUUACAAAGCUUGCAGACUGGAAUUGAUAAAUUCUUUGAAAAGUAUGACUCCGGUAUACUUAUUGCAAACGAUAAUCGACACAUAGCCAUUUGGAAGUUCAAGGAUGUUUAUUAUUGUCUUAUACCGGAUUGGAUUAGUCAAAUCGAGGAACACGCGACGAUAGCACCGAGAGUAUUCCGAUUUGCUAACACCACGAUCAUGGUGGAAUAUUUUUUGAAACAUCUUGGAAGGGAAGGCGAUUACGAGAUCGCAGCCAUCGACGUGGUUGAUUGGAAUAAAUUCUCACCGUGGAAAUUUGAUCCCAGUCCUGCUGUACGUCCAUCGAAUUUACCACCAUUAAACGCCUAUCGUAGACUCCAAGGAGAAGCUCGGGCAAUUUUACGGGGUACUUAUCAUCAAGGUGAUGAAAUUUUUCCCGAAACUUUGCGUAACAAGCAAACGGCAGCUAAUUGCGUGGUCAGUCUUGGAAUGUCCGUGAUCAAGAGUCCCAUCACUUGGACGAAAAGAACUAUGGAUGAGAUUCUUGCUAUUGGUAAUAGCGUUCAUCGCGAGACUAUGAAAGCCAAACCUGGAAAGAUGAGAUUGAUACCCCAAGAUAUCAUUCGAGUAUUUUACGUAGGUGUUAACAUUUUGACCGCUGAUAUAGAAUCUAAUACGGUAUCGGGAAUAGUUGCCAUACCACCCCCGGAUCCGGAUGAAAAGAAAAAGAAAAAAAAGGGUGUAAGAAAGAGAGCCAAAGCUGUUGGACGAAAAGCUAGGCCAACCAGAGUUCGUGCUCCACCACCAGCACUUAUUUUACUCGAGGAAGGAUUGAAGAAAUUUUUCGAAAACAAUCGUGCUGGGAUAUUAGUAACUGGUCGUGGUAUGUCAGCGAUUUGGAAAGACAUGGGUGUUUAUUUCGUGUACAAUCCCCGUGCUCGUAGCGAUCAAGGUCUUCCCGAUUUCUAUGGAACAUCUUGCGUUAUGUGGUUCGCCUGUAUGGAACCAUUUUACGAAUUAAUCUUUGCGAAUAUCGACGAGCAAGAAAAAUAUGGUCGGUAUGAGAUUUGUCGGGUUAUAAUAAAGACCGUCAUGAUCGAACCGUUGCCUUGUCCUGCUGGUUUUCGACCAUACUUCGAUUGCACGGCACCACCUAUACCUGUCACACGAAUGAAAAAAACAACAACGUUGGCUGUUGAAAUUGUAACCGAUUAUUACGUCGUUGACGAAGAACUUAGCGUUCUACGUGGUACUUUGCACAUGAAUCAUCGUAUCUUUGAUAUCAAAAGCAGAGGACUUCAGAGUACUGCUAUUGCUGCAGUGGCCAUCGUAGUUGGUCUCUUACACGUACCUUCUUCUUGGACACCGGAAUUAAUCGAUGCUGUCCUGAAAUACGGUGACUUAUUACAUUCCGACAGCGUUCGUGCUGCUCGUCCAGGUGCCAGAAAUCUCUCGCCAAGCGAAUUAUUAACUGUCUUCAUAGUCGGUGAUUUUCGUGCUACCAUUCAUAUUCACAAUCACACCACGGCUGGUCUCCUACUCGUUUACGAUCUGUCCGAAUCCUUAGCCAUGUUUUUUCGUACCAAUUGUGCCGGUAUAUUGCACACCACCAACAUGGCUGUAGCUGUUAUGCAACAUUACGGCAAAUUUUACCUGUUUGAUUCUUGUUCUCGUAACGAACAGGCACGACCCAGUUUCGAGGGUGCAGCUUGUAUAAUAAAAUGCGACAGUAUCAUGAGAAUGGCCCAAGUAUUUGUAACCAAUUGUAAUUUGAGAUCACCUAAUGUCUACACUUUGAAUGCCGUCAAUGUGCUGAGUUUACAUUUCUUUUCGGAUGCCAAAUCGGGUUGUCCAUCUAAAUGCGAACAGUAACGUCCUGCUUAUGAAUUAACUCUUGUAACAUUUUUCUAAUAAAAAAUUACUAACACAUCCAUUUCUCUCAAACAUAUUUAUUAUUCUAUAUUCGUUACUGGCAACUCAUUUGUUCAUGCGUCGUACCGUGCCAAAGGAUACUGCAACGAAAGGGUUAAUGUUUUAAGAUCAUAAUGGGGAUGGAGAAAGUAACUUAACAGAUUCGCGACAACAUUCUCAAAUGGCUAAUUUUAUUUAUAAGUUUUCUUUAUGACACAAAUCACUUUUAGCAUCUACAUGAGUAGGAGUACAGGCUAAUACGAGAAUGAAUUUGAUACAGAUCACUUAAUAGUGUAAAUACAAUGUUUCUUUCAAAUUACACGCUAUAAACUAGAUACUUAGAAAACACUGUACAACGCAGCUGAGAACUGUCGAUGAUACUUUACAAUAUGAUACAACCAUUCAUUUUUAUGUUUUUCUUUUUGUUAAGCGAGACGAUUCUUUAUAUAUCGGUGGUGUUGCCCGUUUCAUUUCUUUU